AUGCCUGCACUUUCUGCCGAGCAGCUCGUUGCCUUGUACGAGUUGGUGAAGAAGUGUGGCUUGCCCGACUCCAUGAAGGAGGAGCUCAAUGCUCUUGUGGACAGCAAAGCCACCGGUGACAGCUCUGCAAGUAAGCCAGUUUCGCCGACGGAUUGCUUCAACCUCAUCGAUUUCUUCACAGCUUCGGAGUUGAAUCAGUUGGAGGCAUGCAGCAUGUGGCAAGGUGCUUCGAUCGUGGCAUCUCGUUUGAAGAUGCUUGGCUUUCGAGCCAUGAAGGAGUCAACCAAAAAGUCGGCGACUGCGGUGCCCGUUUGGUUCGAGACAAGGCGGGCCAAGGACAUGGUCCCACCGGAUGGCGAUUCAGUGUAUUCGUUGUCUCAGCAUGCGCAUUACGCCUUCGUCACAAGCACUACACCGGUGCCGGCAGGAGUUCCAACCUUGCCCAGCUUUCCUUCCAACCCGAAGCACUUGAGCAAGGACCACUUCCAGGCAGCUUACCCGGACGAGCCACCUGCUACCGGCAAGUCCUUCCCAGGUCUGGCAGAGAUGAGGAACCAUCAUGCUUGGCUUCGGAACUCCAGCAACUCAGUGAGCCAGGAAGGUAAGAAGAAGGUUACUCGGGUUGGGAAGGCUGCCAGCCAAGUGCAAGCUCAAGCUCCCACCCUCGUGCUGGACCAGCAGCAACAGCAACAGCAGCAAAUGCUUUGCAUUGGCAACUUCUUGAACUCGAUGCACCAGAAGUUCCAGUGCAACCAGCCUGCACUCAACUUGUCCUUUCCUCAGCCUGGGCGAGGCCAGGUUACUGGUCUGCCGUUGCAAAAUGGCCUUGGCCAGUUCGCUUCGCAGAACAACGGUGCUCAGCCUGGUGCUUUGCCUUUCCAGAAUGGCUUCCAAAGCAACCCUACUCAGCCUGGUCAGCUGGCUUUGCAGAACGGCUUCCAGAACAACCCUACUCAGCCUGGUCAGCUGGCUUUGCAGAACGGCUUCCAGAACAACCCUGCUCAGCCUGGUCAGCAGCCAGCUGCUUGCACAGCUGUGGGCCAAGGUGCUGCUUCUGCAGGCCUUCAGCUUCCUGCUGCCGACCCCGAGCCGGAGCAAGCGGAGGAGCAGGAGGAGGCCGGUGCAGGGUUGCAAGCUUUCGAAGAACGGGCUUUCGAGAAGCUACAGAAGAAGCAGGGGAUUUUGAAGACCAUUCAUGAGAAAGGCCUGCCCGAGGUUGUUCACACAAAGGCGAUGCUGGAAGCAACUCGAAAAGAGAUAUCUUCUUGGAAUGCCUACGGCAGCCUGCUUCAAUCCUGCAAAGUCAUCGAUGUGCAUGGUGCAGAGAAAGACCUCAUGUUCCUGAACUUGCACAGCCUCUUGCACGGACUCUUCAAGCAGGGUGGGUCUUUCACAGAUCUUUUGAGAAGCUGCCACAGUCGGAAUCCAUCGAGUGCUGCCAACCCAUAUUGA